GCAAUGAUGCAAUAUUGGAAACGAAGCUUGAGGCAGGUGGAAACUUAUCAUAGGUAAGUGGGAAGGGGUUUCAUAUUGAAAGUUGCUUAUUUCAGAUAUUCCACUUGUACUCAAUUUGCUACAACACAGCUCUGAACAUCAAAGCAAAUCUUCAAGUCCACUUUCAAGAAAAUGCAGGCAGACUUCAAAUUUGCAUACAUUGUGACUCACAGUCAAAGCAAGAGAGCCCCUUUAACAUCGAUUUUUGUGACUUUUCUCUUAACACUUACAGGGUAGGCACUGCCAAAAAUGUAUCCUUGCCCUGAAUGAAUUUUCCAAACUCCAAGAACAAGAACUGAAUUACGGUAUGAUCGACUGUAAUCACUUUUGAGUAAACAGAGGGCUACAGGUCGCUCCUGAGACAACACAUAGCAGGUGAUUGACACACAAUGAAAGACAAACAGAGAGACAAACAUCAUUCCAUUAAAGAUGACAAAUAACUACAAUGCACAUGUAUACCAGAAACUGGCAGCUCAUUAAAAUCCAAUACACCUAUAAGUGUACUUGCCUACGUGUAGCUUUCUGGACAGUGCAAAACAUGAUUGACAAUCACAGGAUGUGGACCAGGGUCAUUGUUUAUUGAAAUGAAGAGGGACUUUACUCUUCUAUAAGCUGAGGGUGGCCGAGGAAAAAACUCCAAUCAUUGCUAACAUACAUGUACAGUAAUAGACCCCUGCCAAAUCAAAGUGGAACACCACUUCAAUUAAGUUGUCCAUCAAUGUGCCGUGUUUAAUGGAUGGUCCUAUGGGGUCAUUUAAGCUUAAUCAAAUUGCAUACAUAAGGCCCAAGUGACAACAAGCCAAUGAGAUCGUUGCAAAUCCUUGGCAAAAUCGAGGCUACCCAAUCACAAGACUUGGCUAUAAUUUAUGUAAAAUAAUGUGAGUGCAGAUCACAGGACAGAUGCUGUACCCAAUUUCACUUUUAUUCAUCCCACCAUCACAUCACCUAGUGCAGUCCAAGAGGCGUACAAGAUUGGUUCAUAAUGUUUUUCAAUCUACUUCUCAUUGAGUCUAAAAUCUUAGAUGAAAUUUGUGUUUAGCGACUGACAACAUGGAAUUCCUCAAACAUCUCAUAGAAGCACAUACUGCAGAGUGAGCUGUUGGUGUCUGGAUUAAGCCACCAACCCGGGCACCACUUUCACACUUUGACCUGACAAAGCAUUUGAAUUGUGUGUAAACUGGACAAAAUUUGUGCUUCACGUCAUGUCCACCAUGAAUUCAACUCAAGCACUGAUCACUGAGAUAAGCUACAAUAUGAGUACACCACCAGCAAAUACAAUGAGUCUCGGCAGCAGGGUCAUAUGUUUCUUUCUCACACUAUCAUCAAUUCUGCUUCUGACACUCAACCUGCUCUGUCUUCUUGUUCUGAGGCAUGUGGACAACAUCCAUGACACCACAAAGGUAUUUUUGAGGUCCAUGACUGUUGCCGAUUUGGGAGUAGGGAUUUUCAUGGCUCUGCCAAUGACAGUUACAUUGCAGACACAACGCUGGCCAUUUGGGACAGCACUAUGCGCAGUACAGUCUUUCACCAUGUUCAGUUCUAUUCUGGGUUCUCUACUGUCACUGCUUCUGCUGACAGUCGAUCGUUACAUCUCCGUGGUGUAUGCACUCCGUUACCAUUCUCUUGUCACACGAAAGAGAGCAAGAAUUGCUGUGUGUUGUGUGUGGAGUCUAACUGUGGCACUGAUGACUGGAGCUGGCAUCAUCAGUAACUGGCAUACUGAGUAUUUACCUUCAGUCCUUAUGUGUUACUUCAGCAGCAAAAAUGACAAAUCUCGGAUCCAGACAUAUUUUGCCAUACUGUAUAUAGCUGUAAUACUUCUCUGCUUGUUGACACUCCUGAUUGCCUACACAAGACUGUUCAUGAUUACACGUCGUCAUGCACAGCGUAUUCACACUGACAAUGAGAUUGCUCAAAAUGGUCAGGUUCCUGGCACACUUACCAAGAAGACCCUACACACCUUGCUGCUGAUGGUCUUAGCUGCCUUCCUAUUCAGUAUCAUUCCUGCACUUUGUGUGAGUUUAAAUCUAGACAAUAUGAAUAGUUAUUAUACCUUCUUUCUGCUUGCAUUGCCCAUUCUGACAAACAGCUGGCUAAAUGCAGUCAUCUAUUACCUCAGAAACAAAGAGUUCCGUCAAGCAACUAAAGCCCUUCUCAGGUCCUAUGGUACAUCUUUCCAGAAGGUCAUUCGGUGUAAAUUUAACACUAACUAAACCGGAACAUACAAUUAGAUUCUGCUAUGAACGUAUAACCAACCAGUUGAUACACCUUAGAAAGUGUGCAUCUAAAAAUCAACCUGCAUCUAAAAACCAUAAUCUGCGCAAUAAAUCAAAAAUUACAGGAAAGAAAACCACAUGGAUGCCAUUUGACACCCUGUGCACAAAGCCUAUGAGAAAGACCUGAAAAGGUCUUUUCUAUGUGAAUAUUUUUGUAUUUCACUUAAAAUUUGACUUUAUAGGACAUUCUAAAUGGUUAACAGAUCACUUUACAAUUAACAAUUUGCAUUUAUCCAUAAUUCAUUAGGAAAAACAGUGUCCUGUCUUAUGCUUGGGAUGUGUACACUUUAGAAAAACUCAUCAAUUAACCCUAACAGUCCUCAGUCCUCCAACAGGUGAAGGAUUGAGGGCUGUUAGGGUUAAACUUAAUGUUCUUUAUGAUCUGAGACGGUUACACUUCUGAUAUCAAGACUAUUUCAAUGCACGGACAACGUCCGAAUGAGAAUUCACAGAACUGCAGACGUUCAACCUUCUAACCUAUACUUGUAUGUGUGAACAUUUCAAUCCAAAUGCAGUUGAAAUGUAUGUAACACUAAGAGAUAAAAAAGUUUUGCAUGAGUGUAAAGAAAACAGUGAUUUAUGUAAUUCAACUGUAAAUAAGCAAAUGAGCGUGUUGAAAUUGUGUGAAAAAUUCAUCUGUGCUGAACGUUUAUCUGUGUAAAUAUCACCUCAUGUACAUAUGUGACCCACUCUGUGAAAAUGAGUCCUAAGUCGCCAG